UGACCGCACAAAGCACCAUGGAACAUGGAGUUCGCGUUGGGGGAGAGCCGAGGCUCCAGGAACGUGUGAGAGAAGACGUCGCCCUCGGGUUAACCCGGACCGAGGUUUAGAUAUCGUCGCGACACGGAAGCUUGCGUUUUUUGGAAGGACGAUCCGAGGUGUCCACGCCGCGGCAGGGCGUGAUUACAAGCGCGGACUACAUCUCCCAUCAGGCCAUGCGCACUAUAUCAGGUCUCCUCAGGUGGCGCCGGAGCAUUGUGGGAUUGGAUGAGUCUCAAGAUGGACAACCGGGAUGUUGCAGGAAAAGCUAACCGGUGGUUUGGGGUUGCUACCCCAAAGUCUGGAAAAAUGAACAUGAACAUCCUUCACCAGGAAGAGCUCAUCGCUCAGAAGAAACGGGAAAUCGAAGCCAAAAUGGAGCAGAAAGCCAAGCAGAAUCAGGUGGCCAGCCCUCACCCCCCACAUCCUGGCGAAAUUGCAGAUGCACACAAUUCCUCCUGUAUCUCUAACAAGUUUGCCAACGACGGUAGCUUCUUGCAGCAGUUUCUGAAGUUGCAGAAGGCACAGACCACAGCCACCCCCCCUACCACGACCAGCGCCCCCCCCAGCACGCCCACCCCCAGCAUCAGCAAGCGGCCCCUUCUUCUCAGCAAGCGGCAGGGCCUGGGGCUGGGCAGCCCUCUGGGGCAGGUGAAGAAUUACUCCCACGCCAAGCAGCUACCUGUGGCUCAGCGGCCGAGCGUCUUCCAGUCCCCCGACGAGGACGAGGAGGAGGACUAUGAGCAGUGGCUGGAGAUCAAAGUUUCACCCCCAGAGGGAGCCGAGACUCGGAAAGUGAUAGAGAAAUUGGCCCGCUUUGUGGCAGAAGGAGGCCCCGAGUUAGAGAAAGUGGCAAUGGAGGACUACAAGAAUAACCCAGCGUUUGCAUUUUUGCAUGAUAAGAAUAGCAGGGAAUUCCUCUACUACAGAAAAAAAGUGGCCGAGAUAAGAAAAGAAGCACAGAAAUUGCAGACGGCCCCUCCGAAAGUUUCACCCCCAGAGGAUGAAGAAGCCAAGAACCUUGCAGAAAAAUUGGCCAGGUUCAUAGCAGACGGGGGUCCCGAGGUGGAAACCAUCGCCCUCCAGAACAGUCGAGAGAACCAGGCAUUCAGCUUUCUGUACGAACCCAACAGCCAAGGGUACAAGUACUUCAGGCAGAAGUUGGAGGAGUUCCGAAAAGCCAAGGCCAGCCCCACGGGCCCCCUCACAGCACCCAGCCCCAGCCUGAAGUGCAAAUCCCCACCCGAAGCUCCGACGGGAUCCUCGCCCCCGGCCACCACCUGCCCCGCCUCAUCCACCCCUACGCCCACCGUCACCCCCGCUCCUGCUGCCCCCGGGAAACCGGCCACCACAGCCACCGUAAAGAGGAAGCGGAAGAGCCGGUGGGGGCCCGAAGAGGACAAAGUGGAGCUCCCACCCGCCGAGCUGGUGCAGAGGGACGUGGACGCCUCUCCGACGCCUCUUUCAGUUCAGGACCUCAAGGGGCUCGGCUACGAGAAGGGGAAGCCUGUGGGUCUGGUGGGCGUCACGGAGCUGUCGGACGCCCAGAAGAAGCAGCUGAAGGAGCAGCAGGAGAUGCAGCAGAUGUACGACAUGAUCAUGCAGCACAAGCGGGCGAUGCAGGACAUGCAGCUGCUGUGGGAGAAGGCCGUGCAGCAGCACCAGCAUGGCUACGACAGUGACGAGGAGGUGGACAGCGAGCUGGGCACCUGGGAGCACCAGCUGCGGCGCAUGGAGAUGGACAAGACGAGGGAGUGGGCCGAGCAGCUGACGAAGAUGGGCCGGGGCAAGCACUUCAUCGGAGACUUCCUGCCCCCGGACGAGCUGGAGAAGUUCAUGGAAACCUUCAAGGCUCUGAAGGAGGGCCGUGAGCCCGACUACUCAGAGUACAAGGAGUUCAAGCUGACCGUGGAGAACAUCGGCUACCAGAUGCUGAUGAAAAUGGGCUGGAAGGAGGGCGAGGGGCUGGGCUCGGAGGGCCAAGGCAUCAAGAACCCGGUCAACAAGGGCACUACGACGGUGGAUGGCGCCGGCUUUGGCAUCGACCGGCCAGCCGAGCUCUCUAAGGAAGACGACGAAUACGAGGCCUUCCGCAAGAGGAUGAUGCUGGCCUACCGCUUCCGGCCCAACCCCCUGAACAACCCCAGGCGGCCGUACUACUGACCUCCCGGAGAGACACCAGCCAACCUCCGAACGACUGUCUGGACUGUGGAACGUGCUCGCACUCCCACCUGCCCCUCCCGUGUCGGUUGCGAGUGUCGUCCGUGUAUUAAAGUCCCCGUGCUCACCCGC